AUGUCCAGCGGCAAUGUGGAACUCCUGGGCGACAAUGUGGAAAUCCUGGAUUACGAACCCGAGGGCGAGGCUCCCACCGCAGAGCAGUUUCCAGCGGCCGGUGCAGGAGACGAGAGCCCCCCCAUGCCCAUGGUAUCCGGCGGAACUGGAGCGGGCCUACAACACCGGACGUGUCUCUCUGGAGGAUAUUGUAGAAGCGGCCCAUCCGUCGUCCGAUUCCCCCCCUUUCGUUCCUCCUUUCUCGCUCUCGCCGGAAGACAAAUUAAUCCCCUUGCCCCACGACGAGUUUGUGGCGUACCAAAGGUUGAACGAGAUGUGGUGCGACGGUCUUGCCGGAUAGCAGAGGCAGAGGCGCGAGAGCAGGCGAAGCGCGAGGACGCGGAGCGCUUGGCGGAACGUGAGACUGCUCUGGCUGCUGCGGCGAGGAAGCAGGAGGAGGAGCGUGCGGCUGUUCUGGCGGAGCGUGAGGCGUUUCUCCAAGCGGCUAGGGCGAAGCAGGGGGCGCUCCGAUCGCGGCUGGAGGAGCUGGAGUCCCGCCACCUGGACCCGCGAGCAGCCCCCGACCCCCGUCGCCGUGUUAUCGUCCCCCCCCCCACGCAAUCCCAGGUGCCCCUUGGUUCCCAUCGUACUACCUCGCCGCACGAGAAGGAGCGGGAGGUGGCGGCUCCUCCGACGAGCGAGAAGGAGCGGGAAAGGACAGCGACUCCGGAGUUUUCGGUGACGUUGGGUCUUCCGGCCGGUGCUGAAGACGGAGCAUCGUUUGCGGCGGCAACCAUGGUGUACAAGUUCCACGUUGGAGAUACAGCGUUCCUGUCCCGCCCGCUGGAGAUGCCUGCAGAAGAUGUAACGUUCCACGAUGAAAAAAAAAUGGCAGCUCUUUUUGCAUGGGCUGGCAUCAAACAACUCGUCCGUGCACAAUUUCCCCCAAAGCACACCGUUGCUUUCGGGCACAUCUACCCACACAUCGCGAAACUUCCGCCUUCUUCGCGGCAGUCCGUCUUCCAGCUUUUGUUUGCUCUCCGCCGUGCCACCAUUAAUAGAGGUCCUCAAGGAACGUCGGUGGUGACACAAGAUGGAGGACUCCAGCUGCCUCUUGCUCGUGCUGCCUCGAAGAACGACUUCAAGCACGAUCUGCUAGCCCCCCGGCAGGCCUCUUCACGCCCUGCGCAUGGUUCUGGAGAGGACAAGGACUACAGUUGGUCGGCGGCUCCUGUGUCCAAGAGCUGGAAGAACCGUUGGGGCGACCGGGAUUCGACGGCCAAGAGCGGGACGGACGACCACCGCCGCUCCACCCAGUCUUCGCGAGGGCACGGCGUCGGAGAUAACAGGCGAGGGCGAGCUGUAGGGAACCAGCCUACCAGGUCUUCGCCGGCGAGUCGCCAUCGCCGGAGCAGGAGUUGGAGUGCAGAACGUCACCAGCGCACUAAUCCUUCGUCUAGGCGUGGGCGCAGCCGGAGCGGAGACCGUCGUGGGAGAAACACGCCUCUGUCUAGGCGUAGCCGCAGCCGGAGCCAGAACCAGGGCGAGGGCAACAGCAGGGCGACCAGCACUGACAGCAGUCGCGGUGGAAAAGGGGGAUGGAGGUCAGGCCACGGUAACAGGCAAGCGAUGUAUGAUCGGGGUGAUUUUCGUGGCUCUGGGUUGUUGGGGGAACCAAGGAUGCUUCAGAAGACGGUUCUCUCUGUUCUUCACCGCUUGUUCUACGCCCUCCCGCUGAUGUAG